CCGAAUGACAACAUGAUAACAGCAGGACGAAUAUCCCAAUCCGGUGCUGCCGGCAACACAACAAUUCAUCCCGCCAUCGUCACGUUUGGUUCGGACAAAUCAGUCGAAGAUGCAGUCAAUCCUACCCAAAACCCACAUCCACCUUCAUUGCCAGGAAAACAAAGAGAGUACAUCCCCACUCCCAGCAGGCAUGACAGGAGGUUACAAUUUGGGAUUGACUGUGCUGAGCUGGUACAUUUCACUCAUUGGGAACCGGGAGGCGAGCAUGUCAAGCAUCUCGUAGUCAAAAAUGUGGUCAUGAAAACGCAGAAAAUAAAGUACAAGCUCCCACAAACGCGAUACUUUUCUAUGGAGUUUCCGGAAACAGUGACCUUGAGUGCGGGAAUGAAUUGGACAGUGCCGAUUACAUUUAGACCUGUAGCCAAGGAAAACUACCACGACGUAAUUGAAUUCACGACCUCAUUCGGCAAGUUUUACGUCCCUGUCAAAGCAACCCUGCCGGAGCAUGUCCUAGAAUUUCCCGAAACGGUGGAUUUUACAUUGUGCCCAGUGCGCGAGACAGCCAAAAAGACGUUUUCUUUGAAAAACGUGGGGGAGCUGGCAAGCCAUUUUGAGUGGGCAAUACAGAAACCCUUUGCGAUUUCGCCGCGAACUGGCUCGUUAACACCCGGUUCGAGUUUGACUGUUACCAUGGACUUUAAACCAGAGGAUGCAUCAGUCUUUGGUGCCACGGCCGUCUGCACAUUCGGGGACCGUCAGCAUUGGGAAAAAUCAAAAGUUCAACAAUCAAUGACCGUUUACGGUCUCGGCAAGUUCUCUUUUCUUGCCAUUGAGGGUAAUCAAAAGAUAUUUGACUUUGGGGACGUAUUCGUUGGACGAAGUGUGGAGAAGAAGUUUGUUUUGCAAAAUCUCUCAGCGGUGCACGCAAAUUUCAGAAUUAAACAGCCAGAAAGCGAUACCGAUCCCUACUUUGAGUUCUCUACUCUGAGUGGAACUGUUCCCAGCGGUCAAAGUAUGGAUAUUACGAUCAUCUAUACCCCUGUCGCUGCUGGGAUGCAGUCCACUGAUUACUACGACAUCACUACUCUGUCUGGUAACACCAUUCGUAUCACCUGCUCUGGUCGAGGGAUAGGCCCAAAAGUCACCCUUAAUACCAACGUAGUGAACUUUAACGAUGUUCCGGCAGCAACAACUGCUACCAGAGCACUCUUUCUGCAAAACCACUCCCCCAUUACUGCAUUCUACCAGUUCCUCACCGAAGCCAACGGUAUUUUUCGAAUCGACAAACCUUGGGGCAGCAUUGGACCUCACUCUUCAGUCGCACUCACUGUAAAGUUCACACCCUUUGAACCUAUCAACUAUUAUCGACGAGUGUACUGUCUGGUGGAGCAUCAUGAUGGGCUGAUUUUGGAUAUUCUGGGAACAUGCUACAACGAUAAACGAAGACCCGCAACAUUUCAUCAAAAGCACAUUGAGAAUUACCAGAUACGGAAGAAAAAUGGCUUGUGGAGUUUUGGUCCAGAGCAGCUUGAAGAGAUGCUCAAAAAUGGAACAAUAACGUGCAAUCAAGGAGUUCUCUCCUGGGUAGACCCUGGGCAGGCCAAUAUGCAUAUAACCAAAAACACUGUCGAUUCCACGUACGAAGACUGUAAAGUAGCUAGCGAAUACUUUUACGAAAACACGGGCGACUCGGAAGCGGUUACCCUAGUGGACACCCAUAUUGACUUUGGGUCAUGCUCUCGGUACCGAGUAAUUGACUGCCAAUACAUCCGCAUUGCCAAUAAUACAAAGGGAAAGAUGUCUUGCGUUUGGAUUGUCCCAGGGGAGAAUAGUGGGGAGGAGCCGGUGUUCACCGUUACGCCAGUAGUAGCAGAUAUCCUUCCUAAAAGCACUACUGACUUUCGUGUAAACUUUCGGCCUACAAUUGAUAAUUCCAUCUAUGGAGCCCAGCUGGAGUGCUUUGUUUACUUCAAGAGCAUGAGGAACUUUCGGCUGGUGAACCAAGAUACAUUCACUCCUCCCUGGUGCCUUACGCCAAUGGUUACAGGCAACACCUUUUCUCCAGAGCAGGACACCUUUAUCCCCAAAAUCGACUUUGGGGCGACCCGUCUGGACUUCCCCUCCUGUCACGUUGACAAAUCCGUUUAUCGCACGGUUCGGGUUUCCAAUACCGGAGACACUCCCGUGCAUUUUGCUAUUCUUGAUGGCGGAUUGACGGGCAUUGGCGGUGGAACGGCACUCGCAAGCUUGGGUGGUGCGGCAUUUACGGUCAAACCACGCUUGGGACUCCUCAAAAAGAAUGAAUCUCGGUUGCUUGUCUUUAGAUUUUCUCCGAGUGAGCAGAGAGUUUACGAGCAAGCACUCAAAUGCUCAUUCAACAGCUCAGCGGCUAAUAGCUAUGACCUUCAAAUGCGAGGUGUUGGAUAUUUUCCUCAUCUCACCUUGGGGACGCAAAACACGCUCUGUUUCAAGCCCACCUGUAUCGGUGCGGUUGCCAAGCGCACCUUCCCCGCCAGAAAUACAUCACGAAUUACUGUGAAUUUUGAGUGGAGAAUCCCUCGGCAGUAUUCUUCCAUUAUCUCAAUAGAGCCGACGAGUGGCAAACUGGCCUCCAACAGUGCAAUGGACCUCGUCUGCACUUUUGCACCAAACGUAGCAAGAAACUGGGUAAUUAAACUACCUUGCUACUAUCACCAUGAGUUGAGAGAGCCUGGCGUUGCGUAUGAUCAUCAAUGGUCGCCAGACUUUAGUCAACGUCGCACCACGUUUUCAGUAGUCGGUCAGGGUACAUACGGAAAGAUUGUGGCCCAACCAGAGGUAUUAGACUUGAGCGCCGUCCUAGUGCAUUCUCUCGUCGAACGGGAGAUGAUUCUGCACAAUCCGACGGAAUGUGACGUGGUUUACCAUCUGGAGCUCACGAGACAAAGGGAGUCUAAAACCGAUACCGACGACGGAAAGGAAGGUGAUGAGAUGGGUAACGAGGAAGAAGGGGAGCCAGUUCCUAAUAACGUAAAUGAUUCUGGGCUUGAAAUUGUCCAAAAGUCAAAGAUCUUGCCUGCGCGCUCACAUCAGGCGCUGCGAGUGAGGGUUCGGCUUUCCGAACAAGUCCCUUAUCGCUACAGAGUUUACUAUACUUUGGAGCCACAGUCAUUACACUCCUCACCAAGUCUCCUUUCGCUUGCGACCGAGUCGCAGAGACAGCACUUGUGUGACGUACUAGCUGUUGGUGUCCAUCCUUUGAUCCAAGUCACGGAUAUCCGCUGCGAAGGGUUUUCUAAAUCCCUCUUGUGGCAACUUUUUUCCCUCCACCGCUUCAACAAUCUCCUCAGUGCCGUUGACCCGCCUCAAAUAUCGUCUCUAGUACAAGAAGAUAACUCCUUCCCAACUGACUCAAAAUCAGAGUACUCCACGCCAGACCAAAAGACCGAGUCUGACAUUCUUUCGACAGACUUUGAUUUCGGCGCAACUCCCGUUGGCUGCCAGCCUACAGUUUACCACCUCAACCUGCGGAAUUCAGGCGUUGUGCCCGUUGAAUGGGUUUUUUACUUCCCAAAUGACCUGGAGAUUGAGAUUGAACACUGGGCAGAUCCCGGAGAUUACACCGACGAGCAAUUGCAUCACAACUUGAUCAUCGACAAUGAAUUGUUUACGAUCAGUCCUAAAGCCGGUUGGCUAGAUCCUAACGAGGCGGUGCACGUAACCAUGACCUACAGCCAUGAAUUUGCCGGAUUGCACAAGUUGCCCGUAAUGUUCAAGCUGAAGAAUGGAACAACUCAAUCGAGCAAGGAAGUCAUGAUCAACUUUGUGGGAUAUUCUGUACCGCCGGCAAAAAAGUGUUUGCAUUUUCAUUCAUCGGAACAUACGUUCCAGCCUGUAUCGAUUGGAACACUGGAACCUCCUGUACAAACCUACCAAUUGAUGAACCGCGGUGCCGUGUCGCUCGAAUAUACGCUAGAUCUCUCACCACUCGAACAUUUGAAAGAAGAAAACUUCAAUGUGGAAAUCCUUCAAUGUAGAAAACGAAGGGGCACCAUCGCUCCAGGUCAUAUAGAACAUAUCGACUGGGUGUUCCGGCCGCUAGAGAUCAAAGAAUAUGAGGUCGAGAUACCCAUCACUGUUGCCGAUGGCAAAAGUCGAAGCAUCACCUUCCGUGGUCAAGGCGUGCAGGAGAUGGUUGAUCUGGAGGCAGAUGAACGACAAGAUUCAAAGGCAUAUUCCGAUCCCAUUCCAUCGGUGCAGGAGCUUGACAUGCCAAGACAAAUGGCACUUCUAUCACGAGAACGUAUCAAUUUUGGCCAUAUUCCUUUGAACGCCACUGUCCGAGAGCUUGUCAUUAUCAGCAACACUGAGAAAGAGGCAGAUGUAUCUUUCAAUUGGAUCAUACCAAGCUCUCUGGCUGAAAUCCUUAAAAUCAGUCCGCCGUCGGGAUUACUUGCGCCUGGCGAAUCGAGGGUAUGCAGGCUCUCCUUUACGCCGACGAACGAACCACGUGUGUACGAAACGGACGUUAUCUGUGAAAUCAUGAAUGAUACAGAGCUAGCUGCUUACAAUGAGGCCAAAGAUGUGAUCGAUACGGCCAGACGGGAAGGCAGACCCUUGAGUAUCGCUAUUCAGACGGCUGCACCAGCACUCCGAAGAGACUCGACUAGGAUGUCGGUCGCGGCAGGUGGAAGCCAGCAUGAUUUAACCAAGAUGAAGUAUAGGACUCUGCCGCCCAUUACACCGCCGAAAACUCCAUCCGGAACUCUCAGUGGUCGAGUCUCGGAGACGGAGGCCCCAACGAAGGAGGGACGACCCAUUUCGGCGCUCUCCAAUACCAGCGACAUUAGCCUAUUCCCCGGUUUAGCACCAGCCCCGGAACCGUUCCAUCUUUUCCUUGCUAUUAUUGGUCGAUCACAUCCGGUAGAAGAAUGUCGCCGCCUCUACACGGGCUAUGAUAAUUUCUUCCACGAGAGGAAACCCGAUCACGAAACAGCGCCCAUCGAGAGUCAGACCUUCAGUUCCCCAUCCGCGCGAGUACUCUUGACUGGAAUCCUCACUUCCCUCUUGGACGAUGUGUUCCAAGAUCAGGACAUACAGAUCCUUCCCGAGAAAAUGCGACAUGAGCCUCUGCCAUAUUAUGUGCAGAUCGCAACAUCGCGGCCCAUGAACGGCAUUGUACUGGAUGAGUCCCAUGCUGCUGACAAUAGAGUGCAUGAACACGUUCAGUUCGACUCAGUAGACGGUGUCAUCGGCAUGGAACAAAACGACCCCACUAACGAAUUGAACAAGGAGUUGGGUGAGACGAUAUUGAGUACGUCAGAAUUCCAAAACAUGGUUGAAACUGUCCUCGAAGGGACUAUUUUCAACCUCAUGCAAGAAGCGAAUCUCGACGAAUUCGAUAUGACGAAACAUCAGAUGGCUAUUAUGCGAUAAACAAAAGAAAAGACAAUGGCAUUGACUGCUCCAAGCUUGUAUCUAUAUAAUACCGACCGCGUCCGAGAUGGGGCGGCGGGUGGUCGGUGAAUGUAUGCACUAUUGUAAUUCAACAGUUGGAUUCUGUCCGGUUAGGCUACGCAAUUUUUAAAAGGUGUAAGGCAUCGACUACAUUCGGCGAGGUAUUAUGUAAAGCCAACGGUAGCAAAUACGC